AUGCCUGCACCAAAACUCACGGAGAAGCCAGUCUCUUCCAAGCAAGUACAGGAGACCAUGAGUGCCAGUGCCAGUGCCAGUGCCAGCACGGCCAAAGGCGCCAAGACGGAUGAACAGGAAUAUGUGUACAAGGAGCCUAGUGCGAUUAAAAAAGUGCUUUACUCCGUUGCGACGUGGCUGCUCUACAACAUCUUCCACUGUUUCUUUAGAGAAAUCAAAGGCCGGGGCAGCUACAAGGUCCCGCAGCAGGGGCCCGUGAUUUUUGUUGCUGCACCGCACGCUAACCAGUUCGUCGACCCUGUGAUCCUGAUGGGUGAGGUGAAGAAGUCCCUCAACAGACGUGUGUCCUUCUUGGUCGCGGAGAACUCAUUGAAGCAGCCCGCCAUCGGCUUUUUGGCCAGUUUCUUCAUGGCCAUCGGCGUGGUCAGACCCCAGGAUAAUUUAAAACCGGCAAGAGGCACUAUCCGCGUGGACCCAGAAGACUACAAGAAAGUCAUUGGCCGCGACACGCACUUCUUGACCGACUGCGCGCCAAGGGGGCUCAUUGCGCUGCCCAAAUCCAUGGGGUUCGUAGAGAUCCAGUCCAUAGAGAGUGAUACGUGUUUGACUUUGAGAAAGGAGUUCAAAAUGGCCAAGGCCGAGGUCAAGAACACUGUUCUCAACGGCACCGUCUACAAGUAUGCCGACAAGGUCGACCAAUCUUGCGUUUACCACAGAGUCUUCGAGCACUUGGCACACAACAACUGUAUCGGGAUCUUCCCCGAAGGCGGGUCUCACGAUAGAACAGACUUGUUGCCCUUGAAAGCGGGAGUGGCGAUCAUGGCUCUUGGCUGCAUGGACAAGCAUCCCGACGCCAACGUUAAGAUCGUUCCAUGCGGCAUGAACUACUUUCACCCACACAAGUUCAGAUCCAGGGCGGUUGUUGAAUUCGGCGACCCCAUUGACAUACCGAAGGAACUGGUCGCCAAGUAUCACAACCCGGAAACGAACAGGGACGCCGUGAAAGAGCUGUUGGACACCAUAUCCAAGGGUUUGCAGUCCGUCACCGUAACAUGUUCAGACUAUGAGACUUUGAUGGUCGUCCAGGCAAUAAGAAGACUGUACAUGACCCAGUUCGCCAGCAAGUUACCGCUGCCCCUGAUUGUGGAGAUGAAUCGAAGAAUGGUCAAAGGUUACGAGUUUUACAGGAACGAGCCGGAAAUUGCGGAACUAACAAAGGACAUAAUGUCGUACAAUGCCGCCCUAAGACACUAUAAUCUGCCCGACCAUCUAGUGGAGGAGGCCAAGGUGAAUUUCGCCAGGAAUCUUGGGCUUGUCUUCUUCAGAUUAAUCGGGCUUUCAAUCCUCUUCGCCCUAGCAAUGCCCGGUAUUAUUAUGUUCUCACCCGUGUUCAUCUUAGCCAAGAAGAUCUCCCAGGACAAGGCUCGCACCGCGUUAUCCAGAUCUACAGUUAAGAUAAAGGCUAACGAUGUGAUUGCCACAUGGAAAAUCUUAAUCGGGAUGGGAUUCGCCCCCUUGCUUUACAUCUUUUGGUCCGUUCUAAUCACCUACUUUCUCAGAGGGCAACCGUGGAACAAAAUCUACAUCUUUUCUGGGUCUUACAUCUCCUGUGUCAUAGUCACGUAUUCCGCCUUGAUCGUAGGCGACAUUGGUAUGGACGGCUUCAAAUCUUUAAGACCUUUAGUCUUGUCUUUAACCUCUCCAAGGGGUCUACAAAAGCUUCAGAAGGACCGUGGAAUCUUGGCAGAGAAAAUCAUCGAAGUUGUCAACAACUUUGGAAGCGAACUAUUCCCUGAUUUCGAUAGCGCCGCCCUACGUGAAGAAUUCGAUGUUCUUGACGAAGAAGAAGAAGAAGAAGACAGAAAGACCUCUGAAUUGAAACGCAGGAAAAUGUUAAAAAAGCAAAAAAUCAAAAGGCAAGAGAAAGAUUUGCCAUCCUUCAGUGACAAAAAUGACCACGAUGACAUUUAUGAACACCAUAAUCAAGAUUCAGAUGGUAUUUCGUUGGUCAAUAGCGACAACUCCCUCUCUAAUAUCCCGCUAUUCUCCACCACCUUCCACCGUAAAUCAGAGAUUUCUUUGGCUUCAACAUCCGUUGCGCCUUCCUCGUCAUCUGAAUUUGAAGCUGAAGACGAAGCCCUCGAAGAAAAAAAUGGGUUGGCUAGUAAGAUUGCACAAGCUGUGCUGAACAAGAGAAUCGACGAGGAUGCUGCAAGGGAAGAAGAAGAAGACGGAGAAGCGUAG